UCAUCACCCAUAACAACAAAAAAAACCUUUUUUUGGUUGAUUUGACAACAUUAAUCAAUCAACAUCUACAAUUUGCUGCUUUAUAUUCGUUUUGUUUGUUGUUGGGUGUUUUAUUUAUAUUUAUAUAUAUAUAAUUUAAAAUUUGAAAAUAAUUCAAAUUCAAACAUUCGUGUGUUUGUCUGUGUCAUCAUAAGAAAGAAUUCAAGGGUUCAACAAAUGUCUUAAAUAGAUACAAAUAAUCUCAUUUGUAAAAACAAUAUGACUAAUUAAAUGGAAUGUUAUGUAUUCAUUUGGUUGCUAUAAUCAUCAAGAAUUAUAACAUCGACACCAACAAACAACAACAACAACAAGUAGCAUAUUUGACAACAAAUGACAACGACAACAACAAACAGAAAAAAAUGGAAAUUUCAAGUCCAACCAAUAUGAUGUCAUAGUAUAUUAUAAGUUGUGGCAAUCUUGAUGUAUCUGUGUGUAACCGUAAAUUAAUAUCUCAAUCUUGGAAUAUUCCGUCCAUUUCGCGCAAACGUACACAUUGACUUUGAAUUUGCUAUGAAUUUAUUCAUUUUUUUUCUACCUUCAAAUAUUUGAUAUUCUUAAUAAUGAUUUAUACAUAAAAAAAUAGAACUACUGUAAACAUUGUGGUAAAUUUUGGUCUAAAAAUUGGCGCAUAUUGUGGAAAUUACAAAUUGUGCAAGAUUUUUUUUUUCUAGUUUUGAUUUGCCAAAAUUUUUUAUCCUUAUCAUCAUCAUCAUCAUUAUCAUCAUUGUCGUUGUCGCAUGGUGUGUGUGUGUGUGUAAUCGUCAUUUUUUUUUACUAUUCGUAACAUAUUCCCUUCUCGUCGAAUGUAUCAACGUCAUAUAUCAACCACAUUUACCCAUACAUACAUACACAAACUCCAAAACAUAUAGAAAUGUAAAAAAAAACAAAAUCAUCGAAUCACCAGGACAAAUGAACAGUGAAAUCCUAUACUCAUCAUGUGUCUAAGUUCUUGUGUUUGUUUGUGUGUGUGUGUGUGUGUGAUUCCCUAACCAUCAUAAUCAUCAUUGAUUUUUAAUCAAAAAUUAUAUCACAUUUAUUAUUAUGAAUAUUAUGGCUGAAACGUUUCUAUAGCCCCCUUAGUUGUUGUAAAAUUUUUCAUCAUUUUUUCCUCUCAAUUUUAAUCAUCGAAUAUUUUGGCUUAAUUUUUGAUUUUUUUUUCGACCAACUCUUAUACUACUUCCCUAUUUCUCGAAGUGAACCUAAAAAAGGGUUAUCAUCAUUUUUUUUCAUCGAAUAAAUUAUUUGAAAUAAAUUCAAUUGUGUUCAAUAAUUAUUGAAUAUUUUGGAAAAAAAAUUAUAAAAUCAUCAAAGAAAAAAAAAACGGAUUAAAGUUUCGGUUUGUGCUAUAAAAUGGCUUUGACUUUGCCAUCAUCGAAUGGAGAAUUAUUAUUUUUUACAAAUGAUGUUAAUUCAUCUUCCGAUAAUGGCAAAGUAAAUUCACAUUUUAAUGGAGGAUUAACGAAAACCACAGCAACAUUGACGCCAACACGAUUAAAGAAUAUUGAAGAACAAUUUUUAGAACAUUCAUUAUUGCCAUCGAAACCAUUUUUACAUGAUCAUAUGGCUGGCUUUGUGCCACCAACUGUCAAUAUAAAAUUACAUUUACAAUCACAGCAUCAACAAAUUCAAUCGGACACAGCAAUAUCGGUUUUAAAUGAUCAGGAUAGCCAACCACCAUCACAACAGCAGCAACAAUCAUCGAAAUCGAUUGAUUAUUUUUCAUCAAAUUCCAAUUCAAACGAUAGUUUUAGUACUAAUUAUAUUAGUGACGGUUAUAGUAGUGAAACUAAUUCCUCUUGUCAAGCUAAUGUAAACAAUUUUACCUUUACGAAUUUUAUACAAAAUUCUAAUUCCAUGACAACCAAGAUGCCAAGCAAUCCUAAAUCAUCAUCAAAAUCUCGAUCUAAAUCAGCAUCGAAUAACAACGCCAUCUGUUUGACAACCCGUUCAACACGUUCUAGUCAGAAAAAAUCAACGAGUGGCGGUCGUAAACCCAAUUCAUCACAAAAUUUAUCUUCUGAUGAAAUUCUUAAAAGACAAAAACGACGUGAACGUAAUAAAUUGGCUGCUGCACGUUGUCGAAAGAAACGUGUUGAUCAAACAAAUUGUUUAAUUGAUCAAACAAAAGAAUUGCAAAAGAAACACGAAGCUCUAAUUAAAAGGGUUGAAAAUCGUCUAAAAGAAUUCCAUAAUUAUAAGGAUGUUCUAAUCUCUCAUGAAUCACAGUGUCAUAAUAUUGAAAUUCAAAUUGUACAAAAACUAUAUGCGCAAAUUGAUUUUGCUGCCAUCAAUUCUGCCAUGGAAACGAUUCCGGACGAUGAUUUAGAUACUGAUCUAAAUACUACUUGUCAUACAUCAUCUUCACAGGAUGAAUUUUCUCAACAAACAUUGCCUCCACCAAAAAGAAAACGUCCAAACUCUUUGCUAUUCCGUCCAAUGGCACAUCAACAACAACAUAAUAAUAAACAAGAAUCAGGCUUAGCUGAACAGCUACAGUCACUGAUUGGAAACAAUCAAAAUUCAACUGCUAAUGAAAAUAAUUCAUUGACAACACCUUCAAAUGGUUUUAAUUUUGCCGAUUUAGGCCUUGUAGAACCAACUGGUCUAACACCAUUAAAUCCUACAAUAACAACGGUCGAUUUGACUCCGUCCACAAUGUCCGCUUUUCUUAAAUCUUUGACCUCUCCAAUUGACGAGCAAAAAAAAUUGCUUUCCAUGUGAUAUCAUC